CUUGGAAUUACUCGCAGGGAUGGCUAACCUCGCCGAGAAUAGCUUACUUCUCAGGACAGCAAUGAUCGAUGAGCUUAAUUAGGAAUCCCUCCUUCUCAUCUACCUCAAAAGACAAUGCUUGCAACUAAUUAACCUUCAAGGGUGAUGUCGGUGCUCGUUGAGUACCUGAUCUAUAGACAUGACUCCACUGGCAUUCUGGAAUAUAAAAGCCAAGCUCCCAGCAUCUAUCUUGAUACUUAAACACAGUAUAACACUAACUACACCGUAACAAUCCAUACAUCUGCCAAAGUCCAAUCCACACAAUGUCACCUUCCUACCGUCAUAUCCUACCCGCCCUCGCGGCUCUAUCAAUGACCUCCGUCGAAGCUGCCAUGGGCCCAGCCUUCAGCACGGGACCUGUUGGCUCAGGUUCUUGGAUUCGCGAGGCGACCUCUACACUCGUUCUCCCCGCUGUACCAAAUGGAGGCUCUGGAAACGGAAUCACAUCUCUCUGGGUGGGAAUGGGAACAUCGAAUGGUGACUUGAUCCAGUCCAUCGCCGACAACUGGCAAUCGACUAAGUGGGACAUCUUCGCGUACACCCUCGUCAAGACUGGUGAUAACUCACAAAUGCCGGUCCAAACCCCCGGCACUCCCGCCGUAGCAGGCAACAAGAUCACGAUGCACUACAAGUUCGACGACGCCAGCGGCAACUACACACAGCUCGUCUCAAUCAACGGGAAACAGGUCGCGGAGCUGUCCACGUCGUCCGGCCAUGCAGAGGGCUGGGGCAGCGCGGUCGAGUGCGCAGAGAACAAUUGCGGCACGGUUGGUGCUCACUCGUGGACUGAUACCAAGAUCAUCUUGAAUUCCGCGGACCCGAACUAUUACAGGACUAAUGGGAAGGGUCAGGGCGUUACUGGGGAUAUGAGCACGAGCGAUGGGGGAAAGACGUGGACUGUUACGACUAUUAACAUUCCGAGCUUUACGUUUGGUCAGUGAUUAUGUUGUGUUGCGGAUUUCGGCUGCAUCACAGCGCUGUAGCAGCACG